UCGUCCAAACCAAAGCUUUUUUUUUCUCUCUCGGAUUCCUUCUUCUUUUUGAUUUUUUUUGCUAAGUGUUGGUUCUGCGUUAAUUCAACGCUGCUUUUAUUGUAUUUUUGUUAAGUAAGAGUGGAGUUCCCAGUUGGAAAGUGUUUGAUUUGGGUUCCAUUUGCUUAUUAAUACUUCGUUUAGUUCUAAUCUUUCAGUGGAGUUUCAAUUUUUGCCUAAAGUUAUCGUGAGGUUGUUGGAGGCUGGAUUCCAAUAAGAUAAUAAUUUACGGAGCUCGAAGAAGGAAGAGGUUUGGACAACCGGAGGACUAUGGAUGGGAAGGAGAAUAAUGGUUCAAACAAGGUUGUUAUACCUAAAUGUUGCUUGAAGGCUAGGGUAUAUGAUCCUGAACUUGAAGCCAAUUGUCACUCCACUGUUGUUUCAGGAUGGUUCUCUCAACCUCCCUCAUCAUUUGAUGGAAAAGAGAAGGUACUGUACUUCAACAAUCCAAUGUGGCCAGGAGAAGCACAUUCCCUGAAAGUAGAAAAGGUUUUAUUCAAGGGAAAGUCAAAAUUCCAGGAGGUUUUAGUUUUUGAGUCUGCAUCCUAUGGAAAAGUUCUAGUGCUAGAUGGCAUUGUUCAGUUGACUGAGAAAGAUGAAUGUGCCUAUCAGGAGAUGAUAGCCCAUCUUCCUCUUUGUUCAAUCAAAUCUCCUAAGAAGGUUCUAGUUGUUGGGGGUGGUGAUGGUGGAGUUCUAAGGGAAAUUUCUCGACACAGCUCUGUGGAGCUGAUUGAUAUUUGUGAGAUUGAUAAAAUGGUUAUUGAUGUCAGUAAAAAGUAUUUCCCAGAUUUGGCUAUUGGCUUUGAGGAUCCUCGUGUCAAUCUUCAUGUUGGUGAUGCUGUUGAGUUUCUGAAGAACACACCUGAAGGGAAGUAUGAUGCUAUCAUAGUUGAUUCAUCAGAUCCUGUAGGUCCUGCGCUAGAGCUUGUGGAAAGACCAUUCUUUGCAACGAUAGCCAGGGCAUUAAGGCCUGGCGGUGUACUUUGCAACAUGGCAGAGAGCAUGUGGCUUCAUACUCAUCUUAUUCAGGAUAUGAUCUCAAUUUGCCGUGAAACAUUUAGUUCUGUUCAUUAUGCAUGGGCCAGUGUUCCUACAUAUCCUAGUGGCACUAUUGGGUUUCUUCUGUGCUCAACUGAGGGAUCAUCUGUUGAUUUUAAGCACCCUGUUAAUCCUAUUGAGAAGUUAGAGGGCGCUCUUCAGCAUCAGCGGGAACUUAAGUUUUACAAUUCUGAGAUGCAUGAAGCUGCUUUCGCAUUGCCGUGCUUUUUAAGGAGGGAGGUGAGCGGUCUCGGUGAUGGCCCACGUUCUGCAGGAGUCAAGAUUUAAGUUGUUGCAUUAUCUAUGAAACUAUUACCCAUUUCUUUUCCUUGCUGCUCUAGUAAACUGGUUGAUAUCCUUCCCACUUGUUACACGCGUAGGCAGCAGGAAAUGUAGAUGCGGCUAUUUAUCUGUGUGGUUUGUAUUGGUAUUUGAUAUUGAAGGCAUUAACAUGUAAUAUGCAGGUUUCAGUACUGCUAUAUCUAUUGU